AUGAGCAAUACCAAGGGAGUCGCUGAAAACAUGCUCUGGGGAGGUCGCUUCACCCAGGGCCUCGAUCCUCUCAUGGUUCAGUACAACCAGUCUCUACCCUACGAUCGUGUUAUGUGGAAGCAGGACAUUGCUGGAUCGAUUGCCUUCGCUCGCGCCAACAUGAAGACCGGUAUCUUGACCCCGCAUGAAUUCGCCGAAAUCGAGCGUGGUUUCCAGCAAAUCGCCAUCGAGUGGAGCACCAACACUUUCGAAGCCAAGGAGAAUGAUGAGGAUAUCCAUACUGCCAACGAGCGUCGUCUUAGUGAGAUCAUCGGCAAAGAGAUCGGUGGCAAGCUGCACACAGGCCGUUCGCGGAAUGAGCAGGUCGCGACUGAUAUGCGUCUGUGGCUGCGCGACGAGCUGCGCAUUCUUGACAGCCACCUAAGCGACCUGAUCAAGGUCUCCAUCGCCCGUGCGGAAAAGGAGAUCGACAUUAUUAUGCCCGGUUACACCCACCUCCAGAAGGCCCAGCCCGUCCGCUGGUCCCACUGGAUGCUGUCACACGCCACCGCAUUUGCCAGCGAGCUGCAGCGCCUGCGUGAGGUUAUCCGCCGUGUCAACCGCAGCCCGCUCGGCUGCGGCGCUCUAGCUGGCAACCCCUUCCAGAUUGAUCGCGAGGCUAUGGCUAAAGAGCUUGGCUUUGACGAUCUCCUGUACAACUCGAUGAACACUGUUGGGGACCGUGACUUCGCCAUGGAGACCAUGCAGUGGGGUAGCUCAUUCAUGCUCAAGAUCUCCCGCUGGGCUGAGGAUUUGAUCAUCUAUAGCAGUCUGGAAUUUGGCUUCGUCCGCCUGUCAGACGCCUAUUCCACUGGUUCUUCCCUCAUGCCGCAGAAGAAGAACGCUGACAGCCUGGAGCUGCUCCGCGGCAAGUCCGGUCGUGCCUUUGGCCAAAUGGCCGGUCUGAUGAUGACCAUCAAGGGCCUGCCUACCACCUACAAUAAGGACCUGCAGGAGAGCAUUGAGCCUCUGCUUGACCAUAUCAAGACGGUCAGCGACAGCAUUCAAAUUGCCACUGGUGUUCUGUCGACGUUGACCACCAUUCCCGAGAAGAUGGCCGCUGCUCUGGCCCCUGAAAUGCUGGCUACCGAGAUCGCAGACUACCUUGUGCGCAAGGGCGUGCCGUUCCGUGAGGGCCACCACAUUUCCGGUCGUGUUGUCCAGCUUGCUGAACAGACCAAUAUCCCCAUGGACAAACUCUCGCUGCAGCAGCUGCAGACUGUUGAUUCUCGCUUCGAUGCCGACGUUCAAACCUGCCUCGACUACGAGCGGGCUGUCGAGCUGAAGGAUGCUAUCGGUGGCACCAGCAAACGGGCUGUUAUUGAGCAGACCUCUGUUCUGAAGAAGCUGCUGUAG